AUGAAUGCCGGAUCAGUCAUGUUCCUCUUCAAGCACCUGGAGUGGCCACUUCAUAGGCUCCUGCCAGUAGCUGCCGAGUCGCUUGUUGAUAUCCCGGAUCAGGAAGACACCCGUGUCGCCGAACAUCCAGUAUUUCCUCGCCCGGUGCACCAGGACCCCGUAGUAAGCCAGAAUGAUGAGAGCCUCCGCCCUGUGCCUCCUCAGGACGUCGCCGAACUCGACGGACACCACCACGCUGAAGCCGGUGACGGCGUGGGGCAGGUCGGGACGGGGCAGUCUCCCGCUGAGAUCGAACGCCCACUGCAGAGUCUGCACCGCCCUCUGGCAGGCGUCGAUGCUCUGGGAAUCCAGAUCCGAGGCAUCGAGGAGCGCUCGCAAGGGCUCACACUCCUUCCCGUGGCACGGCUCUUGGGGAUAUUGGAGGGUUGUGAGGCUCAGUAUUGGCAGCAGCUCCGACUGAAGAAGCAUCUCCCACGUUGGGAGGACCACCGUACGGAUCCCCUUGUGGAGAUUGAUGCAAUCAAUGAAGCGGUCUAUGAACUCCUGAAAGUCGGAGCGGUUGUACGCCAAGGUCUCGGCCAAUACGUGCAGACCAAGCAAUGCGGCGAAGAGAAACCGCGGUGCGGCAUACAGCAUGUCGUCGGAAGAGGGACUCUUAGUGUCCUUGGUGAAGUCGGCCAGGGCUCUCGUUUGGAGCUCCGUCGCCUGGUGCCGGUACUUGGCUGCCGACUCCGGCUGCUGGUGAGCCUUGUGUAUGGCCGCAAACGCGAGAAGCUGGUCAAUCAGAUAGGGGCACUCCACGGUAUGGCGUAUGGAGAUGUCGACGACGCGUGUUGUCUGGCCGUCACCCAGCACCUCGUUCUCCAUGGACGUCUCGACGUGAUGGAGGAGCAUCAGAUGCUGGGGGAGACUGGGGCGGCCACUGCGCCGGUGGACGCAUCUGCUGAGGUUGAGGAGGUUGAGGCCGCUUCUCUGGGACGGGCACUGGCGACGGCCCUGCUGCUCUGGCUGGAGCGGGAUAGGAGCAUGCUCGCUCGGCCAUGGAGCAGUUUCUACAGGCUGGGCGCGCUUCAUCGCAGCGCAUAUGCCUCCGUUUGCACUCAGCGCAUCCAUUACGCGACUUUCGGUGCGAUCGCCGCUGCUUCGUGGUGCUACUACCGCCCGACUUUGGUGUUGACCUGUCUCCCCCUCCGUCAGGCGUCCCCCCUCCAGAGUCGCGCUCUGCCAUCUCGGAACGAUCCCUCUAUCCGGUUUCUACUGGAGAUGUUGCAAUAG